UCCUAAUGUCUAAUAAUCCCAACGACAAAUUUGCUAUUAUUAGUGUUGAAUCAAAGCCUUUUGCAGGGCAAAAACCUGGAACAAGUGGUCUACGUAAAAAGGUUCCUGAGUUUCAGCAGCAGCAUUAUACCGAAAAUUUCAUUCAAUGCGUUCUUGAUGGUGGCCUUGGUGUAAAUAAGCGUGGUUCUAUUUUAGUUGUUGGCGGUGAUGGCCGUUUUCUAUGUGCUCAAGCUGUUUCAAAAUUAAUCAUUGGUCGCGACGGAAUUCUGAGUACUCCUGCAGUUUCUCAUCUGAUUAGAAAGAAAGACGAUGGAAGACAAAUAAAUGGCCCAAAAAAUGAUUUCGGUAUCAAAUUUAAUUGCGAAAAUGGUGGUCCUGCACCUGAUAAUGUUACUGAACGCAUUUAUGAAUUAACUACAAAAAUUAGCAAAUAUUAUAUUUGUCCGGAGUUAAAUAUCGAUUUCGGAGAAAUUGGUACUUCAACAGUAAAUAUUCAAGAUUUGGGCCCGUUUACUAUUCAAGUCAUUGACAGUAUUCGUUCAUUCAUUAGUGAAACAUCUGGAGAUGGCCGAAAAUUCAGCAUUAUUGUGGACUCAAUGCAUGGUGUUACUGGACCUUAUGUUUCGAAUAUUUUUGUCGAUCGUUUGGGUGCUCAAUCCAACUGUUGCUUGCGAACUCAUCCCGAUCCAAAUCUUACGUAUGCAAAAUGUCUUGUUGAUAAAAUGUCUGAGGGAAAAAUCGAUAUCGGGGCUGCGUUUGAUGGCGAUGGAGGAGCUUUCUUUGUUACUCCAAGUGACUCACUGGCCAUUAUAGCUGCGAAUUUGGAUUGUAUUCCUUAUUUUAAAAAGACUGGCAUUAAAGGGUAUGCGCGUUCAAUGCCAACCGCUUGUGCUGUGGAUAAGGUGGCUAAAUCGUUAGGACGUGACUGUUAUGAAGUGCCCACUGGCUGGAAAUAUUUUGGGAACUUGAUGGACGCAGGUAAAUUGUCACUUUGUGGUGAGGAAUCGUUUGGUACUGGUUCUGAUCAUAUUCGUGAGAAGGAUGGAAUUUGGGCUUUUUUGGCUUGGUUACAGAUUCUUGCCGAGAAGCGUCAGUCUGUCGAGGAUAUUGUUGUCGGACAUUGGAAGGAAUUUGGUAGAAAUGUUUAUACUAGGUAUUAUUAG